AUGCUCGUAGUUUUGGCAGGACAAGGUGGAUUUUUUUGGAUGCACCAGACGGAACUGGCAAAACAUUUUGUUAUUUCGCUCAUUCUCGCUGAAAUACGAUCAAAUAAUGGCAUCACGUUGGCCGUUGCAUCAUCUGUCAAUGAGGCAAUUUCAUUGGAUGGAGGCAGAACAGCUCAUUCAGUAUUUAAGCUGCCACUAAAUAUUCAAAACAACCCAGAUGCAGUGUGCAACAUAAAAAAGAAAUCGUCUAUGGCUACAGUGUUGAAACACUGUAAAAUUAUCAUCUGGGAUGAAUGCACUAUGGCACACAAACAUUCGCUUGAGGCGGUGAACAGGACAUUGAGGGAAAUAAAAAACAAUGACAAAUUAUUUGGCGGCACUCUGUUACUCCUUUCAGGUGAUUUCAGACAAGCACUUCCCGUCAUUCCGCGUUCAACGUACUCUGAUGAGAUCAAUGCUCGCUUGAAAUCAUCUCCACUGUGGCGUAAUGUUGAAAAAAAUCAACUAAAAGUAAAUAUGCACUUCCAAAUACUUCAAGAUCCAUCUGCUGAAACAUUCUCAAAACAAUUGUUAGAUAUCGGUGAUGGAAAAGUUACUAAGGAUGAGACUGGAUGCAUAAAAUUACCGGACGAUUUCUACACAAUGAUUGAUUCACAAGAUGCUCUCAUUAAAGUAAUAUUUUCCGUUGUACACACGCAAUACAUUCAUCAUGAGUGGUUGGCAGAAAGGGCGAUCUUAGCAGCAAAAAAUGACGACGUCAACGAUUUGAAUCUGAAGAUACAACAGUUAUUGCCAGGUAACUUGGUGACAUAA